UUGUUUGUUUUUUUUCCUUUAUUAUCCUAAAAAAAAGAAUGAUACCGGCCAAACGAACAUCCCAUUAUACUCAAGGAUCACCUCCUUCCAGUAGUCGAGAUUCACCCAUGUACUCACCACCUUACGAUGCUAGUCCUCCAUAUCCACAUAAACGUACAUCAAGUUCACGACGAUCAAGUACAACCUCAAGACAAGGAUCAGUAGAUCGUGAUGAAGAUAUGACAACAAGAACUGGUAUGCAACAAACACCAACAUCAACUCAAGAACCUUCAACAACGGAUGGUGUCAAUGAUAAGGACGAUGGUGAUGCUGAAGAAGAUGAUAAGGAUGAACUGGUUAUGGAUGAUGAUAUGCAUGCACAAAUGGAGAAAGCAAAAGAAGAUAUGAAAAUCUUAUUGGAAAAUUUUACAGAGGACCAAUUACAAAGAUAUGAAGCAUAUCGAAGAUCAGCAUUGAAUAGAACAAACGUCAAAAGAUUGGUCAGUCAAGUGAUGAAUCAGCAAUGUAGUCAAACAAUGGCGUUUGUGGUAGCAGGGUUUGCCAAAGUAUAUGUAGGUGAAAUUGUGGAAAAAGCUAGGGAAGUGAUGGAAGAAUGGGGUCAAAGUGGUGCCAUUCGACCUGAUCAUAUUCGUGAAGCUCAUCGAAGAUAUAAACAAUCCUCCUCUUCAUCCUCUGCGAUUGGUAAGAAAAUGUUGAAACGAUAAAUUAGAUGGUUUUUUUUCUUUAUGUGGAAAUCAAUAAACUUGUAUAUAUAUACCAUAUUGAAUGGAU